AUGUCCUCACCCCGCAGACGAAUCGAAACCGAUGUCAUGAAGCUGUUGAUGAGUGACUACGAGGUCACCUUGGUCAACGACAACAUGCAAGAGUUCUAUGUUCGUUUCCACGGCCCUUCCGACACUCCCUUUGCCGGAGGAAUCUGGAAGGUGCAUGUUGAGCUGCCCGAUCAAUAUCCCUACAAGUCGCCCUCGAUUGGAUUCAUGAACAAGAUCUUCCACCCAAAUAUCGACGAGCUGAGCGGAUCGGUGUGCCUGGAUGUCAUCAACCAGACAUGGAGUCCAAUGUUUGACAUGAUCAAUAUUUUUGAGGUCUUCCUGCCUCAGCUGUUGCGCUACCCCAACCCAACGGACCCUUUGAACGGAGAGGCUGCCGCCAUGUUGAUGCGUGAAGCAGCAGGCUAUGAGCUCAAGGUCAAGGAAUACGUGUCUCGCUAUGCAACCAAGGAGGCAGCUGACUAUUCGACAGAGGAGAGCUCCUCGGACGACGAUAUGAGCUCGGUGGAGUCAUUUUCAGACGAUGACGAUGCACCUGGCCUGGAGCUUUAA